AUGUCCGGAAAGCGACUAGUAGACUACGUGUUUUUGGCUGGCUUACCACAAGAUUUUCACUUCUCUUCUAUAGAAACAUCAAAAACUACAAAAUCUCAAAAUAAUAAUAGUGUUUACAAUACUCCACAUAAUAAAGGUCAUAAUGUUGACAGGUCAACUGACAAUACGAUAACAACUAAUAGUGAUGAAGAAAACGUCCGACUGGCGGAUGCUACACUUUUUGAGAGUAUUCGUGCCAGUAUUAUUAGAUUUGACAAUGAGCGUGACGAGUUUCUAAAGUCGCUCGGACGUAAUGGCUCUCGUGAAGUGGGAGGAAAGAAUGGUGCCGGUGGAAAUGAAAGUGUAUCAAAAAAUCGAACCUCAAUACUUCCUACCGCUAGCAUAUUUCGCAAUGGUUCGAUUAUCUCAACAAAAUUACGGAAAAAUUUGGAUGAGGGUUUUUCGGAAACUGAUUCUCUUUCAUCUUCAUCAACACUAAAGAAUAAUACGACGGUGCAGGAAGAUUCACAACACCGAGAAAUCUUUUCAUGGGAUAUUUUGAUUCUUAAAAUGAAAAAUAAUGGGUUCGAAAAGUUUAAAUCUCCUUUUACCAAAAUUAUAUCAUUGACAAAUUUAAUCCCACAUCAUCAACCCUCCACAUUAUUUACUACCAUACACAUCCGCAAAGCGUCAUAUUUAAAUGUAGCACCGCAAGCUCCUUCUUCGAAAGGAAACCUUCCAGAAGCAACUGAACAUCCACUUAAGCGAAAGUAUUCUCCUCGAUUGCUUUGUCGAUAUCCUAAAGAAGAUUAUUCAAAAGAGGAGCAUUUUCCGGCAUAUAUACCCAUGUUUUGCUUUCCUAAUGAUAUAAUUAUUCGUGAAAGUGAAUACGUCCCUCCAGCUACAUAUCACGGAUUCGUGAUAACGCAAGAAGAUGGCACAAAACGUUAUGGUGUGUGUCUUACGACAUACGAGAAAUUGCCCGAACAUCUGGUUAAUGAAAUUAACAUACUGCACAAGGAAUGGUGUGCCAAAAACAUGGAUUCUAAUCGAAUAGAAUACGCAAACCAUUUAGCUGAAAAGAUGCGUCUCGAAAAAGAACGAGCAAAUUCAGCUCGCGCAAAAUUGAAUUCAGAAUCGCCUGUUUUGACUACAGCUGAAAGAGCAGAAAUUGAACGGGAAAAGGCAGAAGCAGAAGAAAAAGUAGCCUUAUGCAUGGAACUUUUACAGCCGAUGAAAUCAGGAGUCAUCGAUUUAACUAAAUUGUGGAUGCCAAAAUGUAUUGGAGUUAUUAGUUACCUUCCAUGGCAUGAUGUAUUUAAGGAUUGGCUAUGUGCAGUAGCAAUGCCUAUGAUAAAUGGCUUAAAAGAAACAAAACAAUUGGAUUUACCUUUGGAAAGAUAUAUUGUAAAUUUGGUCCAUGAAAUUCCCGUUCCUCCACCCGGUAAAUUGCAAGUUGCAAUUACAGUUAACGAUAUGACGUUUUUUUGUGGACGACCUGCUUUAAACCAAGUUCCUAUAAUGAACGAUGUUGCUUUGGCCGAGGGAAAAAUUUUAUUAAUUUCAUCGUAUCCCGAUAUGUUAUUUUUGGUAGCGCAUUCGAUAACUUAUCUUAUGUAUCCUUUACGUUGGCAAGGAGUUUUCAUUCCAAUCUUACCUGCGCGUCUUAUGGCUUGUCUUCAAGCACCUGUUCCCUAUAUAAUGGGAAUCCAACGGCAAUAUAAAGGAAUGGAUCUGCUUCCCGAAGAUGCGUGUAUAGUCGACUUGGACAAAGAUACUGUGAUGAUGGCACAACUUCCUCCACAAAUACCACCGCGCCAAAGAAAGAAAUUGCUUCAAGCAUUAGAAGCAUAUGCACCCUUACACUCCCACUACAACACUUCAUACGGUGUGCCUUUGUACGUGCAACAGGCUUAUCCUAAUGGAAGAUUCACGCCCCUCUGUUCAAAAUCAAAAAUGUUCGAAAAGAAUAGUCGAAUAACAUCUGUUAUAGGUACGCCGGCUCGAGCUAUCCCACUUGCUCCUUCAAUGACAGGGCUUUACGAUAUGGGUGAUCCCGGAUCACCAGUUUCUUCCGCAUCAGAUCUAUUUCCACGGAAUAAUUCAUUGGUUGGGAUUUCUAUGCAACGAAGAAUGUCAACUUUUUCUGGGGCUGCUAGUGUAUAUGAAAGUCGUGAAGGUAGCAAUCUUAAAGGUGAAAAGGGAGGAAAAAUUGUGAGUAUUUCUGAAUCUUUAAAAAAGAAUAAGAAUCGUUCGAGCACAUUUACUGGUGCCCGAAACUCAAUUUUGACCUUACGAAGUAAAGCAAUAAAUCGAAGCAGUGUAUUACUCAUGAAUCGGAAUGGUUCAGGACAUGCACACAAAUUAUCUAGUGAUACAAUAAGCUUACCGCAGACAUCUAACACGUCACAAUAUGAUAAUGAGUCACUCUUUUCAACUGAUGGCUGGAGUGUGAUGGCUGAUCCUGCAGAACGUAUUCCUACCGGAAAAGAAUUUACAUCAAAAGAAGGACAUCUAAUGGUUGAAAUACCAGCGGAGGGUAAUUCCAAUGGUCAACCGGGGAUGAGCACAUGGAUGUUGGAAGGUCUUGCAUGCGGGAUAUGCCAAAAAAGUUUGGGUCUAAAUAUUGUGUUCAAAUGCGAAGGGUGUUCUAUGGUUGCCCAUGAUGAUUGUCUGUCCGAUAUAGCGCAUCCGUGCGUUCCAGCCUGUUUCAAUGAAGCCAAAGUUCAAGAUUCAUUUUUACGUGUUUUCGCUUCAUUGUUACGAAAUUAUCGGUCAUACAUGGCAAAUGGAAAUAUUCGCAAUAACGGGAAUAACACAAGUAUUGUCGGUGAGACAAGCAGAGGCCUUGCUGAAGGCGAAUUUUUUCAAAAAGAAGCAUACUUGAGGAAUUUUGACCGGGAAGCAAGGGACACUUCAUUUGCAAUAUCAGAAACAGUACGAGCAAUGAGACCCGAUGAUAGAGGACUCGAUUUCUUUGCUAUCGAUUCUCAGGGGUGUAAACUUCCAUCAAUUUUUGACACACGGUUAAUGUACGAACCGCGUCCUAAGCGAAAUCAUCUUUAA